AUGAGCCUCCGCCUCUGGUGCUUCCCGUCCGACCUGUCUCCACCUAUUCAAUGCGUCUCUCACCUUCUCGGGCUUCCUCCAUCCUUUACCGUCCAGUCUCUAGCCGCCGUCGUAUGCCUUGCUCUUGGUCUCUUGGAUUUUGCUUAUUUCUUGAUGUUUCCUGUUAUGUGUAGUAUAUUCAUGGUCAUUUCAACAUUUUUUGUUGGAGAUCUCAGUCCAGAAAUUACCGAUGCAACAUUGUUUGAUAGCUUCUCUGCCUACAACACUUGCUCAGAUGGUGGGACCAGAAAACCGGACGCUCAAGAGGCUUUGGGUUUGUCGAUUCAGGUUCCGUUUAGUGAAGAUGGUGACGAGUCAGUGUUCUUGAAGAAAGUCGAAGGAAGCUUCUCUGAUCCAUUCACCAUUUUAAUCCGGCUUUGGUGGAUUCACAGAAGAAAAACAGACAGCUGCAAUGAAUUACCGGAUUAUGUAAGCUGA